UUCCGUGUACUUCCUAAAUCUAAUUCUAAACCGCUAGAUGGGUGCUACUUUCGCGUAAGGGACAGUCUCUGAUAUCACGGCGGACCUUGGUCUGGGCUUCUCUCUCUCUCUCUCUCUCUCUCUCUCUCUCUCUCUCCGAUCGACGACGUAUUGGCCCUGACCCUCUCUCGGCUCAGGAACGUGUGUAAAAGAUCAAAACAUACAAGAAGGCACAGCAGAAAAUGGCAGACUUAGAAAAUUUGCUCUUGGAGGCUGCAGGAAGAACAAGUUCAGCAGGGAAAAGCCGACAUUCACAUUCAUCAUCUAGGAGGAGGCGCGGGGGUUCAUAUUCUGAUGGAGGAAGUGACUCCAGGGGUGAUGACUCGGAUGAUGGUCGUGGCUAUGCAAGCAGGAAGCCCUCUGGAACUCAAGUUCCUUUGAAGAAGAGGCUGGACCCUACAGAAAUGGAUGAUGAACAGGGCAGCCAGGAAGAAGGUGAUUAUAACGAUAGUGGGUCUGAUCGUGGAGGUGACAGCAAUGAAUCUGAUGUUGGCAGUGAUCUUUACAAGGAUGAAGAUGACAGGCGAAAGCUUGCUGAAAUGUCUGAACUGCAAAGAGAGCUAAUUCUGUCUGAUAGAGCACAGAAGAAAGAUGACAAGAGUUUAAAGGAGAAAUUCAGGCCAAAGUGGGAUAAAGGGAAGACCACGCAUUCCAGGAAAGAGACUCCACCUCUUCCAUCCUCUCGAGUGCGUUCAUCAGCCAGAUCUGCUGACAGGGCAGCUGCCAAGGAUGACGCAUUGAAUGAGUUACGAGCAAAACGUUUGAAGCAACAGGACCCUGAGGCUCACCGCAAAUUGAGAGAUGCUUCUCGAGGAAGUUCAGGCAGUCGAAGUUUCUCACACAUGACCAGGAAAUCCUUCACUGCAGUGGGUCGUAGUAGCUCUAGUCAGAGUGAUAGUGACAGUCGGUCACAUAGUGAAGAUGAUGGAUCGACAGGGGAAGAUCCAAUGAUGGACAGUGAUGAUGAAAGGUCAGAGGGACUAACGUUUGAUGAUAUAAAGGAAAUUACCAUUCGAAGGUCAAAACUUGCAAAGUGGUUAAUGGAGCCAUUCUUUGAAGAGUUAAUUGUGGGUUGCUUUGUGAGGGUUGGAAUUGGGAGGUCAAAGUCUGGGCCUAUCUAUAGGCUCUGCAUGGUCCGGAAUGUUGACGCUUCAGAUCCUGAUCGGAAGUACAAACUAGAGAAUAAAACCACACACAAGUAUCUGAAUGUUGUUUGGGGCAAUGAGAACUCUGCUGCCAGGUGGCAGAUGGCUAUGAUUUCAGACUCUGCACCUCUGGAGGAGGAGUUUAAACAGUGGGUUAGAGAGGUGGAGAGAAGUGGUGGCCGGUUGCCGAGCAAACAGGAUGUGCUAGAAAAGAAGGAGGCCAUAAAAAAAAUCAAUACAUUUGUCUACUCAGCCGCAACUGUGAAGCAGAUGAUAGAGGAGAAAAAAUCUGCUUCAUCAAGGCCAUUAAACAUCGCGCUUGAGAAGGACCGGUUGAGGAGGGAGUUGGAAGUUGCACAAAGUAAGCAUGAUGAUGCAGAAGUGGAGAGGAUCAAGACAAGAUUGCAGCAAUUAGAAGCACGACGGCAAUCACAGGGGAAAGAUAGCAAGGCUGUUAGGCUUGCUGAGAUGAACAGAAAGAACAGGGUUGAAAAUUUCAAGAAUGCAUCAGAAUUAAAACCUGUGAAGACGGGUUUGAAAGCGGGGGAGGCCGGUUAUGAUCCAUUUUCAAGGAGAUGGACUAGGUCAAGGAAUUACUAUGUGUCAAAGCCUGGUGAACAAAAAGGGGAGGCAGAAGCAAUUGUGGAUGCUGAUGGUGCCUUGGCAGAUAUAGAAAGUAAUGGAACAGCAGUGGUAGGAGCAGUACGGGCUGGCAUGGCAGCUACUGCAGCGGCUUUGGAAGCUGCAGCUGGUGCAGGGAAGUUGAUUGAUACGAGUGCUCCUGUUGAUUUUGGAACAGAGUCAAAUCUAAUGCACAAUUUUGAGCUGCCCAUAUCAUUGGCUACUCUUCAGAAGUUUGGUGGGCCACAAGGAGCUCAGGAAGGAUUCCUGGCCAGAAAACAGAGAAUAGAAGCAACAGUUGGGUGCCGAGUCCCAGAGAAUGAUGGGAGGAGGCAUGCGCUGACACUUACAGUUAGCGACUACAAGAGAAGAAUGGGGCUACUCUGAAAUGCAAUGCUCCAGCCAAGCUGCAACGAUAGAGGCAACACACAUCAUCUUCAGCAACAAACUGAAUUGGUGGUGCUGGUUUUCAAAGGCGAAGCUUGUUCUUGGAAGUUAAAGCUUUAAAUAAAUACACUUGUUUCAAGUGGGAGAGACAGUGUGCCUGUGUUCUGGUCUUUUGAGUACUCAGUCAGGUGAUGUCAUCAUAAGAGGUCUUGAUUUCUAAUUUAAAAUAAAAGAUCAGGUUCGUGUGAUUUAUUUGUUGGAACUCGGAAGAGAUCCAAGGAAAUACAGCUUGUGAUAUUUGGUAUCUGUAUAAUGUGGUUCUGUUUUGUCGAUGUAAUUAUAACUUGUGUGGGUUAAUUUUUAACUUGUUAUUCUUGGCAGGCAAGCCUCCUAGUUAAUGAAGAUUGAACCGAAAUAAGCUGUUAUGUUCUGUUUGUAUCGUAAGCGGAAGUCUUCCCAAAUUUGUUUAGUUUUAGCGAUACUGUCUGUAACUGGGAGAUUUUGUUUAGGAUAUAGCAGAACAGUCAUGUACUCAACAUAUGUUUUUGUAUUCACCGUACA